AUGAAAAUAGGAUAUAAUGAAAUAAUGAUAAUAUCAAAGUAUUUUGAUGAUAUUAAUGAUUUUAUUAAUUUAGAAAUGAGAGUUAAAAGAUUUCAAGGAAAUAUGGAACGAUUUCAUUUUAAUCCAAUUCCAUUAAAUCAAUAUUCAAGAAAAUUGUUUCCUAAUAUUGAAACAUUUCUUAUUUAUAAUGAAAAAGAUGAAAUAUUUGAAGAUGGAAGAAUAAAUAAUUAUGUAAUAUGGCAUAAAGUGAAAUAUAGAGUGAUAUAUAAAGGUACAAUACCACCAGAAGUUACAUCACUUGGAGUUGAAUGUUUUUCUAAUUAUAAAGAUUUAAUAACAUUUAGGAUCCCAACAAUUAUUAAUAAAUUAGGAGUUUCUUGUUUCCAUGGAUGUAAUGAAGAAAGAAUAUUUGUAAAUGAAACGAUAUUAAUUAGUAUUGAAAUACCAAGAAAUCCAGAAAUAAUAAAUAGAAAAAAUAUAGAAAAGAAAAAUAUCAAUGCACCUAUUAUCCCAACUACAAUUAGUAAAUUAGGUGAUUAUCGUUUUGAAGAUUGUACCACAUUGAGGUUAAUUAUUAUACCAACGAGUGUAAGUGAACUAGGAGAAUAUUGUUUUAUUAAUUGUACAUCAUUAACUAGUAUUGACAUACCAACAACAGUUAGUGAAAUAGGAAAUGGAUGUUUUGAUGGAUGUUUCAGAAAAAAAAAUGAAAAAGAACAAAAUGUUAAAGAAAAUAUAUUAUCAAAAAUAUUAUACAAGUAA